GCCGAACAGGACAGAUGAAUAGCUAAUCUAACACGCUGACACCGCACCAGCAUCGUCGUCGCAGGCGAGCGCCGGCUCAAUCGGGAGGAGGAGGACAAUUCGCCGAAAUCAAUUCCACCUGGCGGAUUUCGAGGUUGAUUCUGGGGAAUUGGAGAGAAAAAAUAACCAAGGACUAAUUUUUUUUUUCUGCCGAAAUAAUAUCCAUCACUGAUGACAGGAUCAAACAAUUUGUGCGCUACCACAGCCAUUGUCUAACGAGAAUCAGAACAAUGUAAUGUUAUUUGGCGGGGGCGGUUGUUAAAAAAGGCACUCAGCGAAUGGAAUUAGAUUUCGGGUGAAGGCGAGCACACGAUACACCACGUCAGGAUUGGCCGUCUGCGCUCAGGGAUAUGGAAAAUAAAUAACCAUCAUAUGUGUAAUCCACAUCAACGAUCUACAUGUGUUUUUACUUGCCCGGAUGUUGUACCUGGAUGUCAUGAAAAGUAGAGGCUCCGAAAAUGGUAGAAUCCGAAAUGUACUCCGCCAGCCUCAUCGAGCUGUCCGCCGGAUAACACCACAGGAGUGCUUGAAUUCGAACAAGUGUCCGCUCCCAGAACUGCCAUCGACGGCACAGUGAAAGCGUCAGUGCCCUGUAUUUACUUUCGUUCGGGAACGGGAACACCAGUGAAAAACCGAAAUUCCAUGCGGACUCCGGGCCACAACAAUGACAGAUGUCGGUAUUAUGUCGCCAUGGGAUCCUGUGAGUAUUGAAUCCGCCGGAUUGGCACCGAUGGUACAACAGCUGCCAUUGCUCCCAGUGCGACGGUGAAGGUCGUCGAUGUGUGUAUGUGACAAAGAAACAAAAGUGAGCUGAAUACGUUCCUGCGCGUAUUGGAAAAUGUUUGUGUGCCGUCAUUGUUGGCGGCUCAGUUUUGCCAAGUUUCAGUUCAAAUAGUGCGGCGUGGGUGUGUGUUCGGUGAAGUGGAACGGCGGCAUCACGCAGCGUUUCAAAUCGAAACAUCAAAACAAAGUGUGGGGAACCCUGCGGUGUAACUGCAGCAGUAAACAAACAGGACAGGCAAGCGAACCAGCCUGACCACAUACCAACAAUCAGGAUGAAGAAUCGAAUACAGCUCAUUGUGGAGAUUUGGAUUCUGGUCGUCUAUGUGAUAGAUAUCACCAGUUGUGGCAUCCAGCAGAACCACCCGAUCGAUGGCCAUAAAUCACUGCCCCUGGAGGCCGGCAGUGCGUCCCAUCAGAUGAGUGCGUACGUGGCAGCAGCGGCCUCGUCCGGAGGCAACCAGCAGUCGCCGGCCGCGUUGGCACCGCAGCCACUGGCCAACAACGGCGUUCUGCCCGAGUCAACUGGCGUGGGAAUCGGAUCGGUCAGCAAAUGGGACGAGCCGUACUUCGACGAUACGACGCCGCACAACGUGACCGCGCUGGUCGGCAAGUCAGCGUACCUCAGCUGCCGGGUGAAGAACCUGGGCAAUAAAACGGUAUCCUGGAUACGGCAUCGCGACAUCCACAUUCUGACCGUCGGGAGCUACACGUACACCUCGGACCAGCGCUUCCAGGCGACCCAUCACAAAAACACCGACGACUGGACGCUGCAGAUCAAAUGGGCCCAGAAGCGGGACGCCGGCAUCUACGAAUGUCAGAUCUCGACGCAACCGGUGCGCAGCUAUUUCGUCACACUGAGCGUUGUCGUUCCCACGGCGACCAUUAUCGGCGGACCGGAUCUGCACGUCGACAAAGGCAGCACCAUCAACCUGACCUGUGCCGUCAAGUACAGCCCGGAGCCGCCGGCGUACAUCUUCUGGUACCACCACGACGAGGUCAUCAGCUACGACUCGAGUCGCGGGGGCGUAUCGGUUAUCACCGAAAAGGGCGAUGUGACCACGUCCCACCUGCUAAUUCAGAACGCCGACCUGGACGAUUCGGGCAAGUACAGCUGUUCGCCGUCGAAUGCGGAUGUGGCCAGCGUGCGGGUGCACGUACUAAACGUUCGGGCGGUUCUUUCAGGUGAACAUCCGGAGGCCAUGCAAACCGGAACUGCACCGUUCAGCCGUGGUAAUCCACCGUGGCGCCUGCUGAUGGCUGGUUUCGCAUCCGUCCUGGUCAGUUGGGUCCUGCUGGUGCGAUGGCAAAUAAUGAACGGGCGAUUCUCCCCAUCGUCAUCGUCAACUGUCGACAGCCCAGUCUGGAUAGGGCCAUCGACACGGAGCAGCAAUCGCUUGUCUUCACACCGCAGCUCAUCGGCUACAGCGGCUCGGCAUCGCAAACUUCGAAAUACUGCCAUCGAUAACACCUGUCCAAUCGAGUGCCGGUGCCGCAGGAGAUGAUAGACCGUUGUGAAUUCCUACUUGAAACCAUCCAUUCAGAAGAAGCACCCCACCGGCAGAAACGACAGCAGUAGGACACCGACAACCGGAACAACGUAAGUUGAGUCGUUUGACAAAAGCGUUCGGCGGUGGGAGGGGCUAACGUAGUGUAAUAAACAAAGAAAAAACGCAGAGGCAGCACCAUCCUCUAGUGUAGUGUAAUGGAGUGACUGUCGCAUGUGCAAUCAGAAUAAAAAAAAUCUCGAUAUAGUCACACAAGUGUUUGCGUUUGAAAGUGGGAAAGAAAAUGGUUUACGCUUUUUUUCCCUCUACUGUCGAUUUUCCAUCGUCCGCGUAGAUGAAAAGAAUGGUGGCGAAAUGAAUUGGUGCACAGCUAUUCACUAUGUAUGAGGACGAGCGCAGAGGAGCAGCGAUUUGUAUCCACAAUUCUGAGUUAUGCAAUGGAGGUACGCGAGUAGUGCAAUAAAGCGAUCCGGAGUGCAAUGGAACGUGCUUGAAUGAUAGCGGAACAGGACAAAUGAAGUACACUGCUUUCCAAUAGCAUCGCAGAUUAGUUUGGGGGGAAUUCCUUAGAGAGUUAUUUUUAUAGGAUUUUGAUUUGAAGGAGUGGAGAUAGAUAUCGGAGAAUUUAAGGAUAGGGUUAUGUAAUUUGUAUAUACUUUAUGCACAUAUUGGAAAAUUGCUCACAUACAUAUAUCGAUGCUUUGAUUAUAUUUCAUUCUUCUAAAAUUAUUGGGAAUCCGAAUAGAUUUUGGGGUGCUUUAUAUAAAACAUUAAAAUGAGGGAUCCGGGCCAGGGUUUGCAGAAAUCGCUCUCAAUAGAUAACGAACAAUGAUAAAACUGUUCCGAAUCAUAACAAGCCAUGAUAACAAAUUUAUCAAACUUGUAUACAAGUGCGAAAAAACAGAAUCGGAAAGGCAGCCCCACAGGAAAAUGGUUGUUGUAGUUGUUGUUUAUUAGUGACACUUUACACUAUCCGUGAAUUCAUGUCUGAUAAAUUAGAGUAAUUAAAAAAAUAUAUAUAUGUAUGGUAAGGGUACAAUAAAUUCACUUAGCUUAUGUAUUAUAUAAGUUGCUGCUGUUCGCCGAUUCCGUGGUACUGCUUUCGUUGUA